AUGCCGAAAUAUUAUUGUGAUUACUGUGACACUUUCUUAACGCACGACUCACCAUCUGUUCGAAAAACUCACAAUGGUGGCCGGAAGCAUAAAGAAAAUGUGCGAAUGUUCUAUCAAAAGUGGAUGGAAGAACAGGCGCAGAAGUUAGUGGAUGCCACUGCGCGAGCGUUUACACAAGGACGUAUGGGUAGUACUCAAGGAGCUGUCUCUCGAAUGUCUAUGCCGGUAAGUGGACCGAGACCACCAAUUAUGGCACCAGUUGGCGGACCGCCAGUUCGAGGUCCAAUGCCAUUUCCUUAUCCACCAAUGGGUGCUCCAAUGGGACCGCCAAUGAUGAUGAGGCCACCGUUCAUGGUGCCGACUGGACCGCGCCGCGAGAUUCGAUAA